AUGCCUGAAAUCCUCGACGACGAGUGGCACCCCGUGGGCGAGGACGACAAGGCUAUCAAAGACGCCUUUGGCAAAGUCUUGAUAGAAGGCCCAAACUCAUUUGUAAAGGGGGAUCCAGAGUCUUCGUCAUUUAUCCUCAGGACCAAAGGAUAUUAUGAUCUCCAGCUAUAUGUUCUGGGAGGCAUUCGCUUCCCAGAUUCCGACAGGAAAUUUGAAAGUGUUUAUCCCAAGAAGGGGGUGCAGGUGCUGGAAGACAUUGAUGCAGGAAUCCAUGAAUUCACUCGAGAUACGGUUGUUGCUAUUGCGCAACACUGCGAGGAGUUUGUUGAAAAAGGACUUGGUCGGCUUACAACAUUGGCAAGUGGGACGAUCACAUAUGCUGAAGAGGCCAUGGGCCUGUUGAAGUUGGAAGGAGAAACAAGUUUCAAAGAUCAAAUUCCUAUCCUUCUUGAUCCAAAGUAUAAAACACAGCCGAAGGAUGACGAGUUUAAAGAAGCUCUAGAAGGCGCAACGAUGGUCCUGAAUCGCCUGAGAGCGAUAGCAAAGGAGAAACAGGAAGAUACACAGGAAGUUGUCACAUUACUGACUUCUUUCCGUGAUGGACCUGUCAUAGAUCGUAUCACCAAGGAGAAAAGAAUCGACAAGAACGGCCAACCAAUCAAGCCAUUCACCAAGCUCUUGGAUGCGGAAAUCAUUCGCCUUCAGGAAGAAAUUGAAAAGGAAAUCGAGAGAGCCUCGUACGAAAGAGACGUGAUGUCGAAACAUGAACCUACGGCGUUUGCCGCAGCCGAGGGGGAUAUAAUUGGCAUCAUUAUGGACGCGUACACAUACAACCUGGCCGAAAAGAAGUACCACGAAAUGCUGGAGCUUGAAAAGACGCACACCAAGGAGAAAACUGAUGUGAGGCGGUACAUCACCAUGGUGAGAGCCUUGCUGUUACACAUGGAGACGCUGGUUCCCCAGAUGGCCAAGGCUCUUGAGGCCGCGGAGGAACUACAAGAGCUGUUCAAGACCCAAGCGGACAACUUUGACAAACUAAGACUCAAGCUGGCGGGUAUACAGGAGGGGGUAGAUGCCCAAGGGCUGAAAUGGCGGAAGGCAUGGAUUACAACGAACAUUGACAAGUCGGUUCAAAAGCUUGAAGAGAUUAAGCAGGCCGCUUUGGCAUUUGACAAAACCGCCAAGAUCAAGGUGGUAGAGGGUUGA